AUGGCCGUCUUUGGAGUCAUCUCAUGGCAGGAUGAGCAGGUGAUCAUCACAGUCUUCGAUGUCCUCGCAAAGAUCUUGAUUUCAGCCUACGUCACGAGUUCCAGACGAACGAGGAGCUGCGUGCAGUUGCUGGGUACACGGCUUGUGGCCGCCAACAUCGCAGAGGAUGUUCGAUGCAUGAUUCGUCACGCCGGCGUCCCUAUCUUCAGUGCCGGUAGAGAUCUCCGCAUCACAGAGUGGAACAUGAAGAUGCAGGAGAUCUCCGGGCUGAGCCGUGAGGAAGCGAUCUCGAUGUACUUGGCAGAUGCCCUCAAAGUCGAGGGCAGCGAGUGGUGGCAGAACGGAGGAGAACGCUUGCUUCUAGAUGCUCUGGAAAGCAACUCGGGCGAAUUGGAGAUGAUUUUCUCCAAUCAGACUGAAAAGACAGAGGACAGUGUCAUCGUGGUCCGCGCCACAGGUCAGAGGAAUCCCUCGGGCGACAUCACGGGAGUCCUUUGCAUGGGUCAAGAUGUGUCGAAAGUUCGAGCAGCACGAAACACUGCACAAGCCCUGGCAGACUCUCGUUCACGGCUACUGGUCUCAGCCAACGCGCCCAUCAUUGAGCUCGAUAGCGAGUUUCGGAUAGUGUGGUGGAACAACUGGAUGGUGGACAAGACUGGUGUUUCCGUUGAGAGGAUCACAGGGCAGCAUCUCAGACUUCUGGCUCAAUCGUCCAGCUGGGAGCACAUCUUAAGGGAGGCGCUGAACAGGCAGGGCCCGGAG